CUCGCGAGAUCCGGGCCGCCGAGCGCUCGGGGCCUUUUCAAAUCGCGAUCCGUUACCGCUCCGCCGGCCGCCGCCAUUGUAGCGCUCGGAGCCCUCUGCGCGGCUGAGGCGGAGCCCGCGGCGGGAUGGCCGACGCCGACAAGCCUGAGGCGGCCGCGGGUGACGACGGCCCGCAGCAGCAGCCGCCUGAGCCGCGGCGGGACACGCACCCCGGCGAACCCGAGAAACCGCCGCGCAGCAGCGCCAACGGCGUUAAAAUGGAGAAUGAUGAAUCAGUGAAGGAAGAAAAAUCUGAUUUAAAAGAAAAGUCUACAGGAAAUAAGAAGGCCAAUCGGUUUCAUCCUUAUUCAAAAGAUAAGAAUUCGGGCACUGGAGAAAAGAAAGGUCCAAAUCGGAACAGAGUGUUCAUUAGCAACAUCCCCUACGACAUGAAAUGGCAGGCUAUUAAAGAUUUGAUGAGAGAGAAAGUUGGUGAGGUUACAUACGUGGAGCUCUUUAAGGAUGCGGAAGGAAAAUCAAGGGGUUGUGGCGUGGUUGAAUUCAAAGAUGAAGAAUUUGUAAAGAAAGCAUUAGAAACUAUGAACAAAUAUGACCUUAGUGGAAGGCCUCUGAAUAUUAAAGAGGAUCCCGAUGGAGAAAAUGCUCGCCGGGCACUGCAGCGAACAGGAACAUCAUUUCAAGGAUCACAUGCCUCCGAUGUGGGAUCUGGGUUGGUGAAUUUACCACCUUCCAUUCUCAAUAAUCCAAACAUUCCUCCAGAGGUUAUCAGCAAUUUGCAGGCUGGUAGACUUGGUUCCACAAUUUUUGUUGCUAAUCUUGACUUCAAAGUUGGUUGGAAGAAACUAAAGGAAGUGUUCAGCAUCGCUGGAACUGUGAAGCGGGCUGAUAUUAAAGAAGACAAGGACGGCAAGAGCCGAGGCAUGGGCACUGUCACUUUUGAGCAGGCAAUAGAAGCAGUCCAAGCAAUUUCCAUGUUCAAUGGGCAGUUUUUGUUUGAUAGACCUAUGCAUGUGAAAAUGGAUGACAAAUCUGUCCCUCAUGAAGACUACCGUUCGCACGAUAGUAAGACAUCACAGUUACCACGUGGUCUUGGAGGCAUUGGAAUGGGACUUGGUCCAGGUGGACAGCCUAUUAGUGCCAGCCAGCUGAACAUAACUGGUGUAAUGGGAAAUUUGGGUCCAAGUGGUAUGGGAAUGGAUGGUCCGGGUUUUGGAGGAGUGAAUAGAAUUGGAGGAGGAGUUGGGUUUGGUGGUCUGGAAGCAAUGAAUAGCAUGGCAGGCUUUGGUGGAGUUGGCCGGAUGGGAGAGCUAUACCGCGGUGCAAUGACUAGUAGCAUGGAGCGAGAUUUCGGACGUGGUGAUAUUGGAUUAAGUCGAGGCUUUGGCGAUUCCUUUGGUAGACUUGGCAGUGCAAUGAUUGGAGGGUUUGCAGGAAGAAUAGGAGCUUCUAACAUGGGUCCAGUAGGAACUGGAAUAAGCGGCAGCAUGAGCGGCAUGAGUACCGUGACGGGAGGCAUGGGCAUGGGACUGGACCGCAUGAGCUCCAGCUUCGACAGGAUGGGGCCGGGCAUUGGAGCCAUCCUGGAAAGGAGCAUUGAUGUAGACCGAGGGUUUUUAUCGGGUCCCAUGGGAAGCGGAAUGAGAGACAGAUUAGGCUCCAAAGGCAACCAGAUAUUUGUUAGAAAUCUUCCUUUUGACUUGACUUGGCAGAAAUUAAAAGAGAAAUUUAGCCAAUGUGGUCAUGUAAUGUUUGCAGAAAUAAAGAUGGAGAAUGGCAAAUCAAAAGGCUGUGGGACAGUCAGGUUUGAAUCCGCAGAGUCAGCUGAAAAGGCCUGCAGAAUCAUGAACGGCAUCAAGAUCAGCGGCAGGGAAAUCGACGUGCGCUUGGACCGGAAUGCGUAAUCUCAAGCAUGGUUGGACACUCCCUCAUCUGUUUGUUGACUCUCCUAGUACAAGUCAUUUUUUAGUAAUGUUGUAUGCUUACAGAUGCUGUAAAAAUGAACUUUUAAAACUCCCACCAGCUUUUAACAGUAUAAUGUUGAAAAAUAUACUGUGAUUUUCGUUCUCUCAAGUUUGAGUUUCUAAAGACAGCACAUCUGGUCAUUCAGUUUCAGUGGAUGGACAUACCAUUUUUAAUGAAAUACGCCAUUUUCUUAUCUUCAGUAGUAGAGUUUGUCUGUUCUAGUUUCCCCAACCUUACUGUAAGUUAACAGAUACUUUUUUUUUU